CUUUGAGCUCAGUGUGUAACAGUGUGUGUAUGAGAGCCAUGUAAUGUCCAUGUGUGCAUGCUGACUGCUCUGACCCCUCCUCCUUUCAGGGUGGAGCCUGCUGGAGUCCGAUGGUUGAGACCAGGUCUGAGGAAGUAUUCCUGUCAACUCACAAUCGACACAAACACAUUGAACACAAGCCUCCAACUGUCUGACAACAACAGGAAGGUGACACAUGUGGAGGAGGUUCAGUCAUAUCCUGAUCAUCCAGACAGAUUUGAUGUUCUUCCUCAGCUGCUGUGUAGAAAUGGUCUGACUGGUCGCUGUUACUGGGAGGUCGAGUGGAGAGGAAUCGUUCAUAUAUCAGUGAGUUACCGAAGCAUCAGAAGGAAAGGAGGCAGUUAUGACUGUUGGUUUGGACACAAUGAUCAGUCCUGGAGUCUGUACUGCUCUGAUGAUGGUCCUAAGUUUGUCUGGCACAAUAACAGACACACAUCCAUCUCCUCCUCCUCCUCCUCCCCCUCCUCCUCCUCCUCCUCCUCCUCCUCCCCCUCCUCCUCCGUCUCUAACAGAGCAGCAGUGUAUGUGGACUGUCCUGCUGGCACUCUGUCCUUCUACAGAGUCUCGUCUGACACUCUGAUCCACCUCCACACCUUCAACACCACAUUCACUCAAACUCUUUAUCCUGGGUUUAGACUCUGGUCUCCUGGUUGCUCAGUGUCCCUGUGCUGAGUGUAAAGAGUGUCUCCUGUUAGAGAAACACUCUGACUGUUGAACAGAUAGUUCAGUCUGUACAUGUCUGUCUCUUUCACUCACAAACACGUUUUCAGAUUCAUGGAUUCAAUCAGUUGAUGUUUGAAACUCUUCUAAAUGAUUCCUUGUAAACUUCUUCAGUCACAAACAAACAGGAAGUGAUGUCACAUGUGUUCCUGUCCACACAGCAGAAUGAGUCUAUUGCUGACAGUGAUGUACAAACAGAGUGAGCAUUUCUGAGGCCAAAAUAAACUGAGUAGUUCACUGAA